AAAACUAUCAUUGCACUUUAUAUAAACUGAAGUCAAACAUAUAUAGAUUUUGUGUACACUUUAUUAUACAUAUAUACAUGCCAAUCAAAGUUCUCUGGUCUGAAAGUGUUUCAUAUUAUUAAGAAUGGAAGAAGGGAAGGGUAGCAGAGUGAGAGUUGAGUCGAUGUUAACAGUGGUGUCAAGCACUCCCAUCGAACCCAAUAAGGUCCAAAAGCUCAACGCGCUGGACCACGCGCUGGGUCUCCACACGCUCCACAUCAUCUUCUACUACCGGGCCAACCCGUUUCGUGAAGGUCCGAUGGAGCUCGACUUGGAUAACCUCCGGGUCACGUUGUCGGAGCACCUUUGCAAGUACCCGCCGGCGACCGGACGGCUGGGCCCGGACGAGGAGGGUAAUUGGGAAGUGAAGUGCAAUGAUGCCGGAAUUAGGAUGUUGAGGGCCAGGGUAGGAGUCACGGUUGAUGAGUGGCUCAGAUCGGCUGAUGCGUUAGAGGAGAGGGAUCUGACGGUGUGGGAAGACAUGCCCCAAGAUCCGACCAUUUGGUCUCCCUUUCGAAUUCAGCUAAAUGAUUUUGAAGGUGGUGGACUAGCUAUUGGACUGAGCUUUACACACAUGCACGCAGAUCCAACAAGUGCAACCUUAUUUUUCAAGUCUUGGGCAGAUUUUCACAGAGGCUUGCCGAUUCUUCAUCCUCCCAUUUUCAGUCUUCCUGCAUUCACCAAUCAUCCCAUCCCUAAUCCAACUUCAAAAACAUCAGAAUAUUAUAACACCAAGUGCAAAGAAGCAGAAACUGUGUCUGCACCCAAAAUGUCCACACUCACCUUCAGAUUCUCAGGCUCAAAAAUCAUGAAAUGCCUGUCCCAAGUCCAUCCCAUUUGCCCUGAUGCCACCCCAUUUGAUGUCCUAGCAGCACUCUUCUGGCUGCGAAUCAUGCGCUUCACAUCACCUACUCCCCUCUCUAUUUGCUUAGACUUCAGGAGUCAUAAAAGCAAAGUGAUCCCUUUUCACUACUUUGGCAAUGCUCUCCAUUUCUCAUCACUCUCACUUCAUGCCGAGGCACUGGAGGAUUGUGAGCUAGGCCAUGUUGCAGGGCUCGUGCACGAACAUGUGACACGGAUUGAUGAAGGAGAGUUCUGGUCAGCAGUAGAUUGGUUUGAGUCUCCGAAGGGGGAGACGGGGAAAUAUGCGCCACCCUUUACAAUGUAUGGACCUGAAUUGACCUGCAUUAGCAUGGAACAUAUGUCCUGUGCAGAUGGCACUACAGAUGAAUCUUUAAUGUACUCUGCCAUGUUUAGGCAGGAUGAGAGGCCGGUCCAUGUGAGUUAUCAUGUGGGAAAUGCGGCUGGCAAAGGAUUGAUUAUGGUGAUGCCUUCACCUGGGGAUAGGUUGGGAAGAACAGUGAUGGUCAGCCUUCCAGAACAGCGGAUUGCUAUCCUUUCUCAAGAUCAAGCUAUUGUUGAACUGGAUCCAAUAAUGCUCAUCAGUGGGAAAAGAUAAGCUAGCAUACUGCAUUUCUGAUUUCAAGUUUGUUUUAGGAUUUGUUAUUUGCUUAUGAUACUUGUAUGUUCUACAGGUUUGAUUGUAUUUUCAUAAGAAUACAGACUUCACACUCUUUUUGUGGCAUAUUGUCUGAAAAUCACGACAAAAAUAUAA